AUGGACUCUUUUCUGGGUGAGGUGAAUAAGAAAAUAGUUAAUAAUAAAAUUAGGCAACAGAUGCUUGCAAAAGUGGAAACCAUUUCCUCUGAAAAGAAUAAGCAGAUUUCAGUUAACAAAAGGGUACUUUGUAAGGAAAAUCAGAAAAAACAAAGGGAAAAAUUCAUUCAGGAAGUGACAGAAGAGGCGGACACUAAAACGAUCUUAAAUGAUUCAGUACCUUCAGCUCUUAUCCAGAGGCGAGGUGAGAUCGCAUCUGAAAAAUAUGUUGAUCUGAAGUCUAAUAUAGUCAGUAAAAUUCUAAAUAUAAAAGUUAAAGUUCAGCUUUCUGCAGUUACUUCUGAUGCACUUUUACAGAAAAGAAUUAAGCAGGCUAAGAAGCUCUAUAUACUUUUUAAUGCAAUAGAUAUGGAUAAAAUAAAUCGAAUUCAUUCCUUCUUCACUGAUUCUAUCUCAAAAAUGACCAUUUAUAUGGAAUCACAACUUCGUGAACUGAAUUCACAAAAUGAUAAGAAAAAUUCUGACUUAUCAUAUAUCAUUAGUUCAGUUGCGCCUACUGAAUCUCAAGUUUCCAAUGAAUCUGCCUCGAAAAAAAUUGAUACCAAG